AUGGAAGGAAUUUGUGUGUGUUUAUCUGUGUUAUUAUCUUAUUUAGUUUCUCAAACAGUGAUUCCUACCCCCCCCCAAUGCCAGAAGGGCACUCCCUGCCCCCCUGCUAUGUUGCAACCCACUAGCUUUAAAACAUUGGAUGUGCUGUCCAAACGUCACUGCUUUGUAUGUUACAACCAGGAUUUUGCAUCAGAAUUGUCAGUGUGCGGGGUGUAUGCAUAUUGGUCACUGGGCAAGUGGCAUAGUUUUGAAUCUCUUUGGAUUUUCAAAUCCACCCCUGGUCCUGAAGGGAGCCAGUGUGCAUGUGAGCUGGAUAAUUAA